AUUUUAUGAGUAUUCAUGGCCCACCAUACAAUUUCCAUACCCAGAUGUGGCCCUUGGGCCAAAAAGUUUGCCCACCUCUGCCUUAUGUGGUCAUAUUAUGUGUAUGCUACACUCAGGGGUGAAGUAAUUUACUCUCUCUCUUUUUCCCUCCCACCUACCCUCUGGUGUUGGAGGGAAGCCAAAGCACAGUGCCUUCUGAGGGCUCCUGCUGAUGCAGUGGAGUCAUGCUUAUGGGUAAUAAAUACUUUGCAAUCAAAACAUCAGUGUGAUGAAGGAGAAGCUCACAUGAUUUGUAAUAAGGUCCAAGAAAAACUCCUCAAAGAGUGUCAUGAUCCAGCUAAGGUGUGCAUUACUGAUUUAAGGAUCUCACAUUGGGAAGAAGCAAUACAAGAAACAAAGGGUGGUGAGGCUAAUCGAAAUCUGGCAGCAGAAUGUUAUUUCCUUUGGAAAACUACACGCCUCCAGCAUCUAACCUUAACAGAGGAGACAAGAAGCAUGCUUACUGAACUUCGAAAAAUGGUCCGCUUGCUUUUAUUAACUAACGGAGACAAACUCACUCAGAGGGAGAAGAUUGAAGCGUGUGCCUGUCAACCAUACUUUGAUGCCAUUGUUGUGGGAGGAGAACAGAAAGAAGAGAAACCAGCACCAUCUAUAUUUCAUCAUUGUUGUGAUCUACUUGGGGUACAGCCUUGGGACUGUGUGAUGGUUGGUGACUCACUAGACACAGAUAUUCAAGGAGGCCUGAAUGCAGGUUUGAAAGCAACUGUCUGGAUAAAUAAAACAAUGACAAUGCCAGUAAACACUUAUCCAGUACCUCAUUAUAUAAUUUCUUCUGUUCUUGAUCUUCCAGCACUCUUACAGAAUAUGGACCACAAAAUGAAUGCUAACUUAGAAACUGACAAGAUGGUUAGUAUUAAUGACGUACAUGACAGUGCCAAUAUAGAAUCUAAGAAAUGCUAAGUCCUUAGCCUGCUAAUGCUUUUGUUGAAAGUUUGGCCCUAAAAUCUUAUACACAUAAACAGGUUUACUCAAACAAUGGAUGGGUGAGUAAGAGUAUAUUUAUGAGUGGAGGUCAAUAGAAGAAAAGUAUUGAAGUGAAUCUUGUUAUUAAUGGAGAUUUUUUGAAAAGAAAUGAAACAUAAAUGCAAUUGUCUUAAAUUUACGCUCUACAUCUGGAAAUUACCGAGAGACCUUUUUUUAAGUAUAGGUCAGAGACAACCCCGCUUAUCAGUCUUUUGCUUUUACAAUGAAAAAGGAAAAACUCCAUGUUUUGAUUUUGGUUUGCUGGCUUAUAAAUUUUAGCAGGAAUUUCAGUAAUAAAAGAUUGUUUGUGGUAUAAAACAGUAGAAGGUGGAAGAGAGAAUAGGGUAGAAUUCUAGAUUCUACCCAAUCUAAUCCAUAGAUUUCUCAAUAAGGAUUAAAAUGAAUUUCCCCAUUUUAAAAAGUGAUUGGAUCUAGUACAUAAAGCAGCCCAUUCUAAAAUUUUUUACUUUGCUUUUUGGGCAAACUUAUUGACUUUGUAAUUUUGGAAGCUAGUGACUUUUCACAAAUUUUGCAGUGACUGUUCUUAAAUAAGACAUAUGUACACUUGAAAGCUUGAGUAUGUAUAGGGGACCAUUUAUCAGCAGGACUUCAUGGAUAGAGUUUUGUUUUAAUCACAUACAUGUAUCUGCACUAAAACAGUAUUUGUAAUGCAGAUUCUGAUUUAUGUUGCACUAUAUUGUGAGUUAACUGAUUUUUUUGGACAUUUGCAAUGGUCUUCGCUCAGGUUUGUCAAAUAUUCUUAAAGCUUAUGCAGUUGUUCUGUUUGGUUUUAUUAGUGAGUUUUGAUCAAACUUUGGUCGUGCAUUUGGCUCAGGAAGGUGCAGGGGUCUACCCACAUGGAUCUAGUAACAGGAUUGGAGCCUUUUUGGCUACUAAUUCCAUUGCUGUAGAACCUUUCCAAAUUCUAACUUCUACGUGUACUUCAUCUGUAUUUCGAAAAAUUGUAUACUAGUAAAAAUAAGUGGUUUGCAUAACUUUUCCAGGAACUUGAAUUCAGGUAUAGGAUGUAAUACUGGAUAAAUAGCUUCGCAGUGUACACUGUUGACACUGGAUUUAGAAGAUUAUGCCAUAUUAUAACACUACUCUUCCUCCACAAAUUUAUUUAAUUUUGCUGUACUUCAUUUCCUUUUGUGACAGUCAGUUAAAUUCCCUCCUUACAAAACACCUCCUUUCAAGAAUGUAACUUCUCACACUUCAAAAAUAUGAACAUUUGGGAACAUUAAAUUUUAAUUUUCAUGUUUUUAGGAAUUGGGAUUAAUACACUUAUUGGAAGUAUUGCACAUUUUAACACCCAUGCCUAUCUGUCAUUAUGUGAUGGAUCACAAAUUUCAUGUUUUAAAAAAUGUUCAUCACAAUUGAUAGUUAUAUUUUGGAUGUGUUUGUGAGUUAGGAUAAAAACAUUUCAGAGUUGGAGAAUUAUAGAACACCAUAAAGCAAGGAAACCUACCAGAAGGUGUGGAAGGACAUGUCUACAUGAGAAAGGUACAUCAGUUUGAACCUAAGGUGUGAAUUUAAACCUAUUUUAAACUGGUGCAGUGCCCUUCAUAGACUUAUUUUGGUUUAAAUGAGGUUUUUUUGGUUUAACUUAAAUUGAUUGGUGACAGAGUUAAGCUAAAUCAAAAUGUCAUCCCUAAUCUGAAAUAAGUGUCUGAAGGAUUUCGCACUUUAAAUUGAUUUUUAAAAGAAAAGUUCAACUUCUUCACCUAGCACUUGUGUAAAGAAGGACCUCAAGGAGCAAACUGCCAGAGCCAUACAGAACAAUCAGUUAAAGAAAAGCAGGCACCACCUAAGUUUUUAACAUAAUUAUGGGGGGAAAUUAGGAAGGCUAAGCAUUAAAUGAGGUUUAUGUAGAGUAAUCAAACAUAUACAAAAGUUUAGAUGGUGUCACCAAGUAUUCAUAUACUUUAGACUGUUGGCUUGGUUCUGUAAAUGAAGACUGUUAAACAAUCUCUUUUUUUAAACCACAGUCUUCCAAAAUUUGUCACACUAAAAAUCUGUUGUUUGUCCAGCACCCAGCAGAAUGGGAGCCCAGUCUGAUAAGGGCCUCUGAGUGCUAGUGUAAUAAAAAAUAAUCUAUAAUUAUGGGAUGAGUCUCUGGACUGCAGAUGUCCAUGGAGCCAUAAGGCCAGAAACUCAACUGCUGUAAAUUUGUUUUAGAUCCAUUGACUUCAACGGAACUACAACUAUUUAUACAAAGUGAAGAUCUGUCUAAUACUUUUUCUUGCCAAUAAUGCACCACCAUUCUGCCUCAGGCUGCUGCGCCUUCAGGCCUAUUUAUUGCUGUUUUAGAGAGGAACAUUGUUAUUUCUGCUGUGCACAUGGACAGUGUCUUAAAUUAUCAAUAAAACAAGAAGAAAGCACAGUAACUGCAUACUCCGCUACAUAGGGGUCACACAAAUAUUUUUCUUUCAUUGCUGAGUACUGUACCAGGAUACAUGUAGGUACCAGUGUGCACUUUGGCUACUAUUAAUUAUUACUACGCUGCUGUAAAACAAGAAGAAUGUAGAACAUAUUCUUUUUUCCUAUCUAAGGUGCUUUCAGAGUAUUAGUCAUCAUAUCUAGGUUAUCUGCAUGUCCUACACUGCCAGGCUGGUUUUCUUGAGAUUGAUCUCUUCCAAAAUGCCUAGUGAAAUUGAAAGGAAAAAAAACAGCUGGAUCAUUUUUAUGAGGGAAAAACAGCAAAACAGGACAGUGUAACAGUGUGUAUUCAGCGGAGUUCUGGUUUUUCCAAGUCUUUAUUAAUAUAACCAGGCAAUGAAAAAACAAAAUAAAAAGGUUCUUUUGUUUAAAAUAUACUGUCAAAAUACACUAAUAUUCCACCUGCACUUUUACUAAAAAUGUUUACUUUGGGAGAUAAUGUUCCUUAUCGGAGGUAUAUUCUGAAAUAGUUUGGACUCUGAAAUUCUUUUGAUUUUUGUGAAAUGCUGAUCUGGAACAUUUGUUUAACACUAAUAAAUGACAUGCUUUGGGUUUUUAAUUGUUAAUUUAAAAUAAAUGAUGUACUUGUCAAAUAAAAUCUCCUGUUUUUAAAGCA